UUUUUAACAAACCCCUACGUUUUGUUUGCUUACAUCGACGCAAACUCGAGUUUUUUCUGCUUCCCUGUCCCUUGAAGACAUGCAAUAAAACAAAAAAAUAUACCGAGUGCAUCCACAUGCAGCUUUCGGAUACAUAAAAGCACACAGAGCAAAAGAAACCCCCCGCAAUGGAAGUGGAUAUGAUACAAAAGCCCGCACUGGCAGUUGAACCGCCGGAUGCUUCUUUCGAUCCAGAGCUAACGCCGGAAACCGGCGAACAGUAUUUACAGAAGGUGAUGUACGAACGGGGUAAGUGUCCCGUGGUAGUUGUUGCGGAAAAACCACAAUCCUUCAUUGAGCAGAAAACCCUUUCCGGACUGGCUGCCCUUCCAACGGACCAGGUUAAAAACAUAGCACACCGUGCACUGAUACCGACACGGGAAUGGGAAACGAUGCAGAAUCAAAAGUUCGCCGAACUUCGUGACACCAUCACAUCGUACCGCAGCAGUGCACAGUACCAGGAAAACCUGCAGCGAACGCACGUAUACCUCAACUUUGACGAUCGGAAACAUCUGCACGAAUACUGUGCCAACAACCUGCCGUACGUGAGCAUUUUGCUUAGCAUCCCGCAACGGAAUCUAGAGAUUUUGCUCGAGUAUCUGCACGAAUGGUUGCAGGAUUUGGAUCAGGCUUCGUCGACCGCUUCACAGCAGCUGGACGAACCGUCCGACCCGGAAUUGUGCGAUACGGCUACAACGAUGACACCGUCCACUAUCAACAAGGAACUGCACCGUGGUGAAGGCUACCGUAGGGAUUGGAUACCGCAGUGGAUUUACGCGAUACUCGCUUGCUUGAUUAAACCGCUGGAACCGUAUAUUCAUAGCGUGCUGCGGGAUAUUGCUAAAACGUGCAUCACAUUGCGCAACGAACUGAAGCAAGAGGAUGAAGCGAAAGUGCUGCCGCUCAAUCUAUUGAUUAGUAUAAUUUCGAAGCACUUCAAUCAAUGCGAUUUGGGCGACAACAUUGCUUGAGGAUCGAACAGCCGGUGGAACUUCGGAAAUCUCCGCCCGAUGCACGGAAGACGGCUUCGUGAUUGUUUUUAUUACUUCUAUUCCUAUACACGAUCGAAUAUUUAGUGAACUCUGAAAUGAA